GUUCGUUUAUUAUUAUAUUACGAUAUUCGUAAUAUAUUUGUCAUUGUCGGUUGCGACUGGUUAAGAACCAUCUCACUUUUCGCUUAAGGUCGUUUCAAAUUUUUUUUUUACAAUAGCUGUUUGUUAUGAAUAAGUAUUAACUUUGAUUUUAAAUUAUUUUAUCAACUUUUUAAAAUCGAUUUGUUCGAUCCUAACAAUUCCUUUUAUUCAACUGUCAACUAGUAACUACAUACCAACAUGCCUCAGAAUAAUAUAUUAUCAAUAUCUAGUUUGAAUUUACGUAGUCCAAUAAAAUGGAAAAUAGUGGCGACAGUUAAAAAUCUUUCAGACAUAAAAAUGGGACCAACCGGGAAAUAUUUCUAUGUUGAUUUAAUUGAUACUACAGGAGAAAUCAGGGCCAUGGCGUAUAACUCAGAAGCUGAUCGGUUGUACAAAAAACUUGAAGUAUAUAGUGUUUAUUUAAUAGAAAACGGAAAAAUACAAAAGGAAAAUAAAAAUUUCACAACUGAUAACAAUUUUGAAAUUAUAUUUAAUGAACAUUCCGUCAUCAUAAAACAGGAAUCAAAUGAUAAUGCGCCUAAGCUUGGAAAAUUACUUUCAAAAGAAAAAGAUUCAAGUGUUGCUUCACAAUCACAACACAAUGCAUUGCUUGAAGACCGUAGUCAAAAUAGUAUUGCCAAAGACAAGGUGUUUGAAAUUGACAAGAGACUAAAAGAAAUAAAAAAAGAAGAACUUGUACUUGCCAUGGAAAAAUUAGAUUUGAAAUAUGAAAAAAAAUUUUUAUAAUUUUAAAAUAACUAAUUACUAAUUUAUUAUAAAUUAUGAAUGAUAUUAUAUCCCUUUAAUAGUAUAAUGAUUUAAUAUGUUUUACUUAGCAUGACAAAAGUAUAAUUUCAUUAUUUUAUUUAAAUGUUUUUGAAGAAAUUAUAAUUAGGGAUCAUUUUAUUUUUGUCCUAAUGCAAAUUAUUAACUAUCAUUAUAAUAAUAUUAUUCUAUGAACAUUUACAACUUAAAAUCUGAUGAUAAAAUAUUAAAAUUUUAUUUUAAUCACGUACAGUCGUACAAGUUAAGUGUUUAACAAUAAAAUAAUAAUAAUAAUAUAGUGAAGUUUACAAUAAUAGGUGACGAAUAAAUGAUAGGUAUUCUUUUUUUGAACUCUUCAAUGACACAUCCUCAAAAUAAACAUUAUUAGCCAUUGGUAUCAAUAUUUUUACUAUAUCAGUAUUUUUUAUUUAUUCAUUGUAUUAUAAUAUUAAUAUUAACCAUAAUAUUUAAUAACUUUAAUAUAAUAAAGAAAAA